UCGAGGCUAGCAUCCAACGGUCACGACCAAUCUACUCUAGAGAAAGAUCUUUUUUUUCUUUUCUUUGUUUUUUGGCUUUCUUGGAUGUUGUGUUCGGAUCAUAAACCCUAGCCACCUCUGUUCCCUCUCUUCUUGUCAAAACGAAAAGUUCGUGAAACUACCUUCACCGCCGAUCCUUCAUCUUCUUCUUCACCAUGACUACUCGUUUCUAACACGAAAUUACAUAUAUCCAUGAACAGAUCUCGAUCCUCUCUAUCGAUUUUCUCACUUUUUCUUUCCAUCUCCAGAGAUCUCGGCCAUUUUCUUUUUCUUUUUUUCCUUUCUGGGCUAUUACUAAUCUGAUCUUCUUAUCGAUUCGGUUUAAAUCUGACUCUUUUUCCCCUUCAAUCUCCCGUUUCGAUUUCCCUUAAUUUUCGCCCAAAAAAAAAAAGAAAAAAAGGAGAGGUUUUUGAAUAAAAUCUUGUCAGAAUCGGAUUGGUUCUUUGGAAGAUCCGUGUUUUGUUAGAAUAUUACGAAAGAUUAGCGAGUAUAGAUCGAAGGAGGGGUUCGAAUCAAGCCGAUUUCUGAAGUAAAGUCAAGCCAGUUGUGGCGUCUUCAGUAUCGAGUGAGAAACGGAGUCGUAUGAGCAAGGCAUAGAUGCCGUCGGUGGGAAUGAGACGAACCACUAGGGUUUUCGGGGUGGUUAAAGCCGCAGACGGAGCCCGGGUCCUCCGUUCGGGUCGUCGGAUCUGGCCUAACGUCGGCGAACCGAAGGUGCGGAGAGCUCAUGAUGUGGUGGAUCGGGAUUGGAACAUCGUUUUGAAGAAUCAGAACAAAACCAAAGGGACCAAAGUCUCCGGUAAAAGUAACAGCCAGCCUUGUAGCCCCAGACAAGUUUCUAGUGACAAAGACGACAAAGCAGAUGACUUUCCGGUCAGAAAACGGAUGAAAGUGAGAAAUGAGUGUGUCGGAGAUGAAAAGACUGUGGAUAAGAUGUUUGGGAUUGUAUAUAGUAGGAAAAGGAAGAGACUUUCUGAACCAUCAUCAACCGAUAGAUCAGAAGAGCCACAACGAAGCCUCAAAUUUUAUUGCAGGCGAAGGAGACUCCCUCGUCGUGUUUCUUCAGUUCGUCCUGUGCUUACUCUUACAGUAGAUUGGUCCUGUGAGGAUUGCUGGUUUUUAAGUGUUUUCGGUUUGGCUAUGAGAUACACGAGGAGGGAAGAACUGAGGCUGUCUUCGCUUACUUCUUUCUUCUUGUCUCAACCUAUCAACCAAGUGUUUGCAGACCAUGGCGUGCGAUUCCCUGUGGAGCCUCCCCUUAGCUCAACGGGUGUCUGCAAGAUUUUUGGGAACAUGAAUUGUCUACCUCUCUUUUCAGCAGAUUUUGCUGUCAUUCCUCGUUGGUUCAUGGAUAUGCAUUUUACUCUCUUUCUAAGAGUGGCACCACAUUCCUUUUUUUUCGUAGAGAAAUAUCUGUAUAUGCUAAAAAAUCCAGUUGAAGAAUCUGAUUCGGAGCCUGAAUUAGCUUUACCUGAACCUUGUAAUCAAACGAAUGGAGGUUUAGUUGGGUUACAUCCAUCAGUGAGAGCCUCGAAGUUAACCGGAGGAAAUGCUCAAUAUAGAGGCAAUUUAGGUUCUCACAGUUUCCGAAAGAGGAGAAGCUCUUUGAGAAGGAGAAGAGCAAGAAAUAUUUCACAUAAUGCACACAAGUCGUACAAUGGAACACCGGUUUUUGAUAUAUCAGGAAGUAGGAAAAACAGGACAGUAGCAGUAUCGUCGAGAAAGCUCAGAAGCUCAGUUCUAAGUAACUCAUCUCCGGGUUCAAAUGGGAUUAGUAUCAUCCCAGUGACGAAGACAAAAGAGGAACUGGAUUCUCUAUGUUGUUCUGUGAAUAUAUUGAUGGUAGAUUCAGACAGGUGCACCAGAGAAGAAGGAUUUAGUGUCAUGUUGGAGGUUUCUUCUUCAAAGGAGUGGUUUCUUGUUAUUAAGAAAGACAGGGAAAUCAGAUUUAGCCACAAGGCACAAAAGACCAUGAGACCUUGUUCUUCCAACCGCAUUACACAUGCGACAAUAUGGAUGGGAGGUCAUAAUUGGAAGCUUGAGUUUUGUGACAGACUAGAUUGGCUUGGUUUUAAAGAUAUAUAUAAAGAAUGCUAUGAACGGAAUGUAUUGGAACAGAGUGUGAAAGUCAUUCCAAUUCCUGGGGUAAGAGAAGUGCGUGGCUAUGCAGAGGAUAUAGAUGAUUUUCCCUCCUUUUCUAGGCCAGUUCCAUAUAUAUCUGUAAACGAAGAUGAGGUUUCAAGAGCAAUGGCUCGAAGUAUUGCUCUUUAUGACAUGGAUUCUGAAGACGAAGAGUGGCUCGAAAGGCAGAACCGGGAACUGCUUGGUGAAGAAGAUGACCAAUUUCAACAACUUCAGCGGGAAACUUUUGAGUUGAUGAUUGAUGGGUUUGAAAAGUUUCAUUUCCAUAGCCCUGCCGAUGAUCUCUUGGAUGAGAAAGCAGCCACUAUAGCUAGUCUUUCAUAUCUGGGUAGGCAAGAGAUAGUUGAAGCAGUACAUGAUUACUGGUUGAAGAAAAGGAAGCAGCGAAAAGCACCACUCCUCAGAAUUUUUCAGGGUCAUCAAGUGAAGAAAACGUCGCUACUCUCGAAACCUGUGUUUCGGAAGAGAAGAUCCUUCAAAAGACAGGGAAGUCAACUCCAUGGAAAAGCCAAACAGACAAGCCCUUGGCUCGUGGGCGUAAAGGCAGCUGAACCAGAGGACCAAAACGAUUUUCUCAGAAUGGAAGAAGCCAAAACUUUGGCUGAUACAACCAUGAAAGCUGCCAUAGCCAAAAGAAUGCGAGCACAAGUUCUUGCAGAAAACGCAGAUUUGGCAGUUUACAAAGCGACUAUGGCUCUCAGGAUUGCAGAAGCCAUUAAAGCAGCUGGAUCGGGCGAGGUUGACACGACUGUUUUCUUGAACUGAAAUGGUAAAGAUAGAAAAUGUUACUUGACUGAAUCGAACGUUGGGUUUCUUUUUGGCGCAUUUUUCAAAGAGGAUUUGAAAGAGGUAUAUAUAGUCUCUGUAGGUUUUGGGUUUCGUUUCUACGCUGAUAUUGUAAAUUGACUUAGAUUUUUUCCUUUUCUUAGGUUUAUCUUUUGUUUUUUUGUUCAUAACUACCGUAAGAUGAUGAUGUUCCCCGCCUUACUUUUUUCGUUUCUCUUUGGACGAAUAUAAAUUUGAAGAAAUGUGAAAAAGAAAAAGGAGUUACUGGAGAUA